AUUCAAUAGUACUCAUCUUCUUCUUCAUUUAAAAGUGUUUCCUUUAUCAUCGAUAUGUUGAAAACAAUUGUCAUAACAGUACUUUUGGGAUUAGCAGCAGCACAAGAUUCGAAUUACCAUGCUCGUAACAAUUACAACGAGGAGAGACAAAGUGCUCCUGCAGAUGAAAGGAGACCUUUGACAACGACACCUAUUCCAAUCUUACAUUGGAAUAAACAGCAAGAGCACGAUGGGACUUACAAGACAAGUUAUGAAACGGGAAACAAUAUUAUCGCCGAGGAGAGUGGUUACAUCAAGAAAGUAGGCGAAGGCGAGGAACAAGGAGAAGCGUUGGUCCAAGAAGGAAGCUUCUCAUACACGAGUCCAGAGGGGAAGCUGAUCACCAUCCAUUAUACGGCCGACGAGACUGGCUUUCACGCGACCGGAGAUCACAUUCCCACGCCACCGCCAGUCAGUGAGGAGAUUCAGAAAGGCCUCGACCUCAUCUUUGCGGGCAUUCGUCAGCAGGAGGAAGCAGACGCACGUGAAGCAGCCCAAAAAAUACCGCAACAACCCUUGAGUCAGCAAAUCGAACGACGAGAAAAUUACGAUAGAAAAUUUCGAAAAUGA